AUGCUUCCCAUGGCGAGGCCCGCCAUCUCUGGCGCUCUGUGUGCCGCGCGCCCUCGCUUUGUGGCUUCUCUUCCCCGUGCUCAGCCCUUGGCUGCCCUCUCGACCUCAUCCAUCAAGUCCGCGACUGCGCUUGAGCGCCCAACAUCGACCGGUCAAUUGACUGCGUCAGGCAAGGCCCGCACCGAAGUGCCUCUGCCCAGCCAGGAAAAGAAAGAGGGUGCUAUGCAAUAUGUCUUGACCACUCUCGAUCAAGUGGCCAACUGGGCUCGUCAGAGCUCCCUGUGGCCCAUGACCUUCGGUCUUGCAUGCUGCGCCGUCGAGAUGAUGCAUCUUUCGACCCCCCGCUACGAUCAGGAUCGUCUUGGAAUCAUUUUCCGUGCCUCUCCGCGUCAAUCCGAUGUUAUGAUUGUGGCCGGUACCUUGACCAACAAGAUGGCCCCCGCCCUGCGCCAGGUGUACGAUCAGAUGCCCGACCCUCGCUGGGUCAUCAGUAUGGGAAGUUGUGCCAAUGGUGGCGGUUACUACCACUACAGCUACUCGGUUGUCCGAGGCUGUGAUCGUGUUGUGCCGGUUGAUGUCUACGUUCCUGGAUGCCCUCCUACCUCCGAGGCACUGAUGUACGGUAUCUUCCAGCUGCAGAAGAAGAUGCGCCACACCAGAAUUACACGCAUGUGGUACCGCCGUUAA